AUGGAGCUCCUGGGCCAUGUGGCAACCAAGGGUGCCUCCGCAGCCUCUUCAGCCGCAGCAGGUGUUGCUGCAGCUGUGGGAGGUGUGAGGGAUCGAACCAACAGUGCGCUUACACGGGCAGCAAAUGCAUACGAGGCCCACAGUUAUGAAGAGCUACGCACCUACUUGGCAGAUUUUUUCACGGAUAGGGUGGACUUGAAAUCGUUGAGGGAUGCUGGUUAUGGGCGGCACGGCUCUCUCCUGGCCGGCGCAAAGGUGGAGGCGCUCGAGCGCCUGGUGAGCCUUUCUGGUCCUAUCCGUGCCAGGGUCAUGCUGGCACUGCGGGAGGCCAUUAAGGACGCAUCGCUCUCGGAUCCUGACAUGUGGGAGUGUGCACGAUGGCGGCUGGAGAGUGUCAUUGACCUGUUUUGGGAUGACCUUACAGUUUACGUUGAGAAUGUGGUCGGGGAUGCGAAGGAGCAGAUGCUGAAAAAAGGAGCCGAUCAUGCUGCCUUAAAGGAGCUGGGUCGCAGCCCCGGCUGUUUGAGUCCUUCCUGGUUCAGGGCCAAGCUUCUUUAUCAUUACCUUCCUUUUGACAGCUCCGUGUUUGGGCAGAUCAAAGACCCAGCCUUCUGGCUUCUGACAGCAAUCAGCAUUACCCCGAUGUUUGGCAUCCGGGUGGUCUUUUUUGCCUUGGUCCUCAUGUGCGUUGUUGCCGGUACACCUCCAGAUGAGUAUCAGACGGUCACCUUCAUCCUCACCUUCAAGGGAGCCCAGUUCUUGUCCAGUGGGGUCUUCAUGGCCUGCCUGGCUGCCUUUGAGUACUACAUGUGUGUGAAGCCAGGUGGUACGCACACUUGCGACACUGAGGGCCCAGGGGUGUCCCAGGAUUUGGCAACAAGUUCGGUCGACUUUGUCGGCAGCUGCGUUUUGGUUUGGCUGGCUUUCCUGCUGCUCCCGUGCACGCGCAGCUUUGCAGGGGCGCGAGAGAUCACAGAGAGCGACCGCAAGGAGUCCGACCAUGAUGAGAGGAGGUGUUGUCUUUAUGACCGCAGCCGCGGAGGCCGCCUUACAGGGCUCCUGGGCUACGACCUCUUCAGCUUCCUCUUGAGCUGUCUCCUGAUCUACUCGCUGACUGUGGUAGAUGUUUCCAAAGAGGAGACGGUGCGGCUAGAACAGGUGGCCAUGAACAAGGAUUUGCUGGUCUCAGAUCUUCAGAAUUGGCAGUUUCGGUCCAGAUUCUUCUUUGGCCGCAUCCUCUAUGGGUUGCUGUCCUUUCCCUUCCUUGUUUUUCAGCUGCCUGUUCUGAAUGGCAUCCUCACGCAUACGAACCCAACAGGGUACAACCCGCAAGGGCUCUGCGUGCCAUACCUUCUGCGGCCGAUGGAGGAAAGGAAGGGUCAAUGA